AUUUAAUAAGCACAUUUUACAUGGUUACGAAGAACACAAAAUGCACUAGCAAGUAAAAAAAUAGCUAUCUUAAACUACACAACGGAGCACACGGCUAAUAUGCUAAAAACAUUUCGUUUCUAUAGAAACCACAGUCACGGACUUUGUUUCUCUUAACAACAGGGACGCUUAUGAGUAAGCUAAUAAUUAGUAAACGAUUAGAAUGUCGUUUACUAAUUUGAAGUGAUUAGACGGGAUUUUUUUGUGUAAAUACUUGUAAAAACAAAACCAAAUGGCUGGAAUCAUUCAAAAAAGAGACGAGCUUGGACGUAUUCUGGUGCAGGUGCAGAAUGAUUUAACUCAGCUGAGGAAGUGGUUGGGUCGAAUAGACCAGGAUGGGACUUUGGAUGUUCAGGCUCUUGAAGCGGUGAUACGCAGGACAGAAGACAGUAUCAAGAGCCAUACAGAGGAAUAUCUAAAGAUGGCAAAUAAGCAAGUACUGAUUCUUCCCGUUAUUGAACAUGUUGAGAAGAAAAUUGUCAAGGUCACCAAAUGGCAGCCACCCACUGAUUCCAUCCCAUAUAUUCCUCCUAAAAAAUAUCUGAUUGCUGGAUCAUCUCCUGGUGAGAAGCACAAGGCAGCUUUUACAAUGCGGGUUCUGUAUAACCCUGACCACCCAAAACACAGAGCGGUGAUGCACCAAAACUAUGGCAUCCAACGUCCUGAUUUCUUCAAGAAACCUGGGACUCAUGUGGGAACCCAGAAAUCCAUGAGCUCUACAAUGGCUGUUGUACCUAUAGAACAAAACAGAACUAUUCUCCCUGCAUCCCAUCUCUGUGAUGAGUACAAGGGUGUAGGGCUUGCCAGUCGCUUAGAGAAAAGACUUCCUCCUUUAGCAAGUGAUUUCAAGUGGGUGAAAAAUCUUUUAUUACCCCAGCACCAAAGAGAGGACAGCAGCACCAAUAAAACGGAAAAACAUCAGAGGGACAGAACACAAAGUAAGGAUGUCACCAGAGCUUCCAAAAUAAUUGGUGCGCAAUCCCCAUCCGUUUGGGCCACUCAGACUCCACCGCCCUCUGCUUCUUCCGAGGGCAGACUCCUUCCCCGUGGAUCAGCACGACUCAUGCCACUCAACUCUCAGUGUGCCCUAGCAUUACCACCAGCUCCCAGUAGCCAACACUUCUUCAGUAUAGUGGAGGGACGAAUUGAUCCGAGCGCAGCUGAUUUCUGUGCUUUUAAAGAGUACUGCUGUCUACAGUGGAGCACUUUGCUAGAGGCACUGUGGCAUCUGGAGCGGUUGCUGAGCCAGUUUGCUGUGCCUCAUGCACUGGUGUGUGGCAAUCGACUUGUGGCCCUGGCACAGAGUGGUGAGCUACACUGGGGCAGGCACGAGUGCCUUCUCUCUGCUCUGGAGAACAGGGAGGAGGUGCUGGAGCUGAUGAAGAAGCCUGGGCAACGCUACAAGGGUGCGGGUGGUCGGCGGGCGGCUGCUGUGCGCAUCCAGGCCUGCUGGAGGUGCUAUCACACUCGCACUGCCUACCUGCACCAACAGAGUUGCAAGCGUGCAGCCAGAACCAUUGCUAUGUCCUGGCUAUCGCAUACCCAUCUAAGCCACGUGAGGAAGAGCCUGCAGGCCACCCGACUGCGCCACCUGGAGAAUUACCACAGCAGAGCGAAGAAUUUGGCCACCAACUGGAACCAUCUCAUCACCACCAAGAGGACAAUUAUCCACAUACCUUCUUUAGGAUACUCCCAGGAACAGCGUCAAAGCCUAAGAAGGUUUAACAUACUGCAAAACACUCAGAUGGGUCGGCUGUGUGACAUUAGAGAUAAGAAUGUGGAGGUGAUCUAUGUGUGUCCGGUGCAUCUGGGAGAGGACUCGGUCAACUACUACACUCAUCUUCUGGGCCUGAAUGAAACUGUAGAGACAGGGAAGCCCACAUCUUCCAGCUACGCCAAAAGUUUCACCAUCCUCACACCUGAGGCACAUCAACACUUUUCAAGUCGCUGCAUGUGUGUGUCCACACUGCUGAAGUACAGCCCACACACUCUGCGUCGUAUAAAGAACCUGAUCCAAGGGAAGCAAGCCUAUUUAGUCAGUGGUGUUCCUCACAUGGAUGAUCUGACUGUGGCGGAUGAGUUAGGAGUGCCAGUCCUAGGCCCCGAGCCUGCGGUGGCACAGCUCUAUGGAACAAAGUCUGGAAUCAGGAGGAUCUUCCACAGCAGUGGUGUUAGAAUGCCCCCAGGACAAGCUGACAUAUACACACUUCAGCAGCUGCAUGAAUGUUUUGCCCAGCUGAUGACAGAUCAUUUAGAGGUGCAGCGUUGGCUGUUUAAGAUGGAUGAUGGGUUGGGUGGCCAUGGCACAGCCUACUGUGAUGUCUGUCAGGUGAGCUUCCGGCGCUGGGCUUUGCAGGAGUAUCAUCGUCACGGACCACAGAUAUGGAGGCUGGCUUGGGCUCAGGAACGCGUGCUAAAAAGGUUUCUGGAGGCAGUGCCUGCUAUGUUGGCAGCUCAUGCCAAGCCUUUUGACACGUCCUGCUAUCCAACCUGGAGCUGCUUCCUUGAGCACUUUCUCAGAAAGGGUGGCGUGAUUGAGGCUUACCCUCCUUCAGAUAGUGUGACCUGUAUAACAGUGGAUCUGCUGGUGGAGCCUGGUGGAGGAGUACGCAUGCUCUCCUGUGGAGAUCAGCUGCAUGGGUCUGGUUUCCUGCAGGUAUCAGGCUGCACUGUACCACAGAAUUCUGUUUGCCCCGAUGUCCUGUACUCCAUCUGCAUGAGGAUAGGCAAAGCCUGCCAGGAACAGCAUAUCCUGGGCCAUUUUUCCCUCGACCUUGUCACCUUCCUGGAGCCUGGCACGCUGAAACAGCAGGUGUGGGCUGUUGAUCUGGAUCUGGGCUACAGUAACCAGCUGGCUAUGACCCAGAUCAUGCUCCAUAUAACAGGAGGAACACUGAACUGCCAUGCAGGUCGCCUGGAGGUUCCUUUUCCAGUCCGAAACAGCAAGACCCCUGCAUGCCACAGAGCUCCAACAGCUAAUGCCCCAGCACCAUCAACAAGUCGUUUUGCAGUGAUGAGCAGCCGGCUCUAUCACACCAACCUCUCUAUGGUCCACUACGAUGUGUUGUUCCAGAUGUGCAGGGCACACGGCAUCGGAUUUGACAUCAAGGAAAGGCAUGGCUCUGUGUUUGCACUUCAUGACAGUGCAGAAAGAAGCAGCCUCGGCAUGAUAACAAUCUCACCAGAUCUCAAGGGAGCGCUGCUGACCUUUGCUCGCAACCUCACUGUCAUUCAUCAAGAAAUAUCAGCCCCGAAUAUGCAAGGAGAGACCAAUUUUAAGGACCUGAUUAAGAAUAUCAAGGAGGUGCUGGAUUUAAUAACCCAGAACACCAACAAGGAGCACAAAGAAAAUGAGACAUUGCUGUAAUCAAUGACCAGUUUGGCUUGUCCAACUUCAACUGGCACGUACAAGGUGCCAACUACCACAUCCUCAGAACAGGAGCCUUUCCCUUCAUCAAGUACCACUGUACCAAAGCAC